AUGGUCAACUUAAAUUGGCUAGAACAGAAGAGAAGCAGACCAACGACGGAAGCUAGCUCCAGCAGAGGCAUAGCAAUCACAAGGGAAACUAAUGAAAGGCCAAAAGCAACUAUCUCGGCUGGGGUGGUGCUCUACAGCAAGUGCAAGUGUGAAACUGAGCUAGAAGUGGUUCUGGACAAGCAGAAUCAGCCCACACCUAGUGUUUUUGAUAGGAUUGGAACCUCAUUUCGAGACAAAGCCAGGCAGAAUGACUAUCUUAGGCAUGCUCAGUAUAGCAGAAGAAAGAUAGAGCAGCCCAAGAAGGAAAUACCAAUUAAGAUGCCCGGGAAUGAAAAGCCCUUAGCAACUAUCAUAGAAGGCAGAUGGUAUUCUAUGGGGAAAAGUGGUAGACCAACUCUAGAAUUAACCAUAACUCAAAAGAGGAGGGUUCAAAGGCAGUACUGCACAUUCCUCAAAAACCAGGGUGAUACACAGGUACUUCCAGAGACCAGUUCUGCCAGAAAAGGAAAAAAUCUGGAAGUACUUCCUCAGGCAAAACGAAUAACCUGCCAGCCGCAAAAGCUGGUAAAAAGCAGAAUCUCCAAGCAGGCCCUCUAUCCAUCUUGCCUCAUCCUCAAACCUAUUCUAGUAGAAGAACAAGAAGACUGGACUGAAGAGUAUGAAGAGGAGCAGCAGGACUAUGAACCAUCUGCAGAUGACCAGAACGGACUCCUCGAGACAGGAGAACAGGGAGACUGGGCAGAAGAAUAUGGGGAAGAACAAAUGGGGUAUGAUGGAGAACUAGAUGAAGAAACUGAGGCUUUUGGUGCAGAAUUAGAGAGCCUGUUGCAGGGUGAUCUGGGCCUCAACAUGGAAAGCUUUGAGUGUAGGUUGGUAGAAGUAGAAGAGGCACCAGAACAGCAAGCCCCUACUACCAAGACAAGUGGAACUGCCAUGAAACUGACUGCAGAACAGCUUUGCUUCUCCAAACCAACCAAGGAGAUGGCCAAUCACCUCAGACCUUUGUUCAUAACAGCAAACUUUGGGGGUAUUCCUAUUCCCAAAGUCAUGGUAGAUGAAGGUGCAGCCAUUAAUCUUUUACCCCACAGAUUGUUGAGCAAGAUGGGCAGAACAGAGAAGGAUUUAAUUCCAACACGUUUAACUGUCACCAAUUUUGCUGGGGCAUUACCAAGACUCAUGGAAUCCUGGAUGUGGAUGUCAUAA